UUGGUCCUUGUAGGAUUUUGGCAGAAUCUUCCGGGUCGUAUUAAGAACGCAGUGGGCGUGACAGAGCGUGAACUAACAUCAUUGCGACGAUAGGAUCCUGGAGGAGAGCGUGAACCACGCGUGCACGGGCGUUGUUUUGGUCUUAGAUAAAACUGAAGCAGGACUCAUGCCUAAACUAUGACCAAGUGUGUAUGGUGAACCUAUCACGCCCCCAUCACGCUGGCUCAUGUAAGUUAUUGCAGCUCACCAGCCUUGGAUCACUACCACACGACUUUAACGACCAAUCCACAGUCUUCACGUACCAAUAAUCACCAAGGUGUCCUUCAUUCACCUUCUCGCUUGCUGUCAUUAUGGUCAGGCCUUCUGGACGACCACCGAAAACCUCGUCACCUGAGUUCUCUAAUGCUAUUCGUUUCCAGAAGGGAGCUGGUGCUGGUUCCAAUCACCCUUGUCCCACAGAGGACUCUAACAAUGGGUCCACUCCUAAGAGGCAGAGGAAGGAGAAGGUGACGGCCAUGCUGACAGAGGAGGAGGAACAGUCCAUGGUUGAGUGGCUGGUCAGUAACCCCAUCCUCUACAACCGUAAGUUGAAAAAUUACAAACACACGAGCAGGAAGGAGGCAUUGUGGCGGGAAAAAGCGGAGGAGGUUGGGAAGGACGUCCUCAUACUGAAGACCUGGUACACCAGUCUGCGCACCAGGUACGGCCGCCUGAAGAAGCUCUGCGCCGGGCAGGAGUCCCCCGAGCUGACAGAGCGCGACUUCUGGAUACUCGGAUGCUUUGAGUUCUUGAGACCGCACAUUAUUGAGAUCCAGAGGAGGAGAAGGAGGAAGGAAAAAGUUGGCGUCAGUGUUGAUGACACCCCCCCUAUUGAAGAUGACCUCGGUCAUGACGCUGAUGAGGUUGAUGCCGAUCCACCUGCUACCCACCUUGAGUCAGUUAAACUCCAGCCUGUGUCUCCGCUGAGCAGCACCUCCAGCACCAAACCAUCUACUGCUACCUGUGGCAGAGGGGUGGCAGCUGACGAGGAGGAUGAGACCCUGCUCACGAGCCUCUGUGAACGCCCACAGCACUUCCUGACCAUGCAGCAGCAGCAGCAGCAGCUCCACGGUCUGCUCAGACCAGAAGAUGAACGGGAACGUGACGCAUUCGCGGAGUGGCUCAGGUCAGCCAUGCGAAACUUUGAGCACUCUGUUUGGAGGCGGAGCCAGCGUGAGCUCACCGACGUAAUGUACCGCUUCAUUGCUGAGAACGAUGCUCUGAGGAUCAAGAAACAGCCUCCGUGUUCGUCCUCUGCUGGUCCAACUAGCUAAGCUACAGCUAACCUGCAGGAUUCAACCACCCAGGUGUAUCAGCAGGUUUCUGCCAAGCUCCACGGUGGCAGCCUGGACCGCAGUACUGGCUUGAUACUGUGCACAGGCUCUGUGAACACGUCUUGGGCCCAGUAGCAGUUGCAGGUAAAGCAAUCAACCUCAAGUUCACUCUGUGUCAUCAACCCAGGGUAGCAGCACUCUAACCAGCACAACUGCACAGUACUGUAGAGCAGCGUUCAUCCUUUCUGCAGGGGUCGCCACAGGAAGCAAAUGCUCUUCCUGAUAUAACCUGGGCUUCCAGAUUAUGAGACUGUGGGACUGACCACYGAUGUACACGGCUCCAUGGAGCAGAGUAUUCAGAUGAAACUGUAGUAAUGCUUUUAAAAAACUAACCUUUUUCAUUAAGACAUAUACUGUAUUUCAAAAGAAUGUUUGUAUUCUCAAAUCAAAAGUUUAAUAUAAACAUACACAGAUUUUCAACUUUUACUUUUUUUGAAUAUUUUUUUGAUCCUUUGAAGUGAGUUUUUAAUGGUUUAAAAGCCCUCCUGACAGAACAAUGUCCUGUACAAAAACACUGUCACASAAUUGAGUGUUCAAUACAAAUGAUUUCUUUUACUUGUUAUUUUAUGGUUUAUUUAAAUUAAAGGCAACAUGGAGGACUUGUA